CCCGAGCCCGGCUCACUGCCCUGCUCCUCUCACCCCAGCCUCCAGCCUCUCACGCUCUCUGCAGCCUUCCCAUCUUCUGCAACCAUGACCAGCAAAUCCACCGUGAAGAGCUACAGCAGCAGCCACCGUGGCUUCAGCUCGGGCUCAGCCAGGGUCCCUGGAGUCUCCCGCUCUGGCUUCAGCAGCGUCUCUGUGUCCCGCUCCCGGGGCAGUGGCGGCCUGGGUGGAGUGUGCGGAGGAGCUGGCUUCGGCAGCCGCAGCCUCUACAACCUGGGGGGCUCCAAGAGGAUCUCCAUUGGAGGGGGCAGCUGUGCCGUCGGGGGUGGCUAUGGCGGCAGAGUCGGAGGCGGCUAUGGCUUUGGAGCUGGAGCCGGGAGCGGAUUCGGUUUUGGCGGUGGAGCUGGCGCUGGCUUUGGGCUCGGUGGUGGAGCUGGCUUUGGUGGUGGCUAUGGGGGAUCUGGCUUCCCCGUGUGCCCCCCCGGAGGCAUCCAAGAAGUCACAGUCAACCAGAGUCUCCUCACCCCUUUGAACCUGCAAAUCGACCCCUCCAUCCAGCGGGUCAGGACAGAGGAGCGCGAGCAGAUCAAGACCCUCAACAACAAGUUCGCCUCCUUCAUCGACAAGGUGCGGUUCCUAGAGCAGCAGAACAAGGUCUUGGACACCAAGUGGACCCUGCUGCAGGAGCAGGGCACCAAGACCGUGAGGCAGAGCCUGGAGCCUCUGUUUGAGCAGUACAUCAACAACCUCCGGAGGCAGCUGGACGGCAUUCUCGGGGAGAAGAGCCGCCUGGACUCGGAGCUCCGGGGCAUGCAGGACAUGGUGGAGGACUUCAAGAACAAGUACGAAGAUGAGAUCAACAAGCGCACAGCAGCAGAGAAUGAAUUUGUGACUCUGAAGAAGGACGUGGACGGUGCCUACAUGAAUAAGGUUGAGCUGCAAGCCAAGGUAGACAGCUUAACAGAUGAGAUCAAUUUCCUGAGAGCCUUCUAUGACGCAGAACUGUCUCAGAUGCAAACCCACAUCUCAGACACGUCCGUGGUCCUCUCCAUGGACAACAACCGUAGCCUGGACCUGGACAGCAUCAUCGCUGAAGUCAAAGCCCAAUAUGAGGAGAUCGCUCAGAGAAGCCGGGCAGAGGCUGAGUCCUGGUACCAGACCAAGUAUGAGGAGCUGCAGGUCACCGCGGGCAGACACGGGGACGACCUGCGCAACACCAAGCAGGAGAUUGCUGAGAUGAACCGCAUGAUCCAGAGGCUGAGAUCGGAGAUCGACCACGUCAAGAAGCAGUGUGCCAACCUGCAGGCCGCCAUUGCGGAUGCUGAGCAGCGUGGGGAGAUGGCCCUCAAGGAUGCCAGGAACAAGCUGGAAGGCCUGGAGGAUGCCCUGCAGAAGGCCAAGCAGGACAUGGCGCGGCUGCUGAAGGAGUACCAGGAGCUCAUGAACGUCAAGCUGGCCCUGGACGUGGAGAUCGCCACCUACCGCAAGCUGCUGGAGGGCGAGGAGUGCAGGCUGAAUGGCGAAGGCGUGGGACAAGUCAACAUCUCCGUGGUGCAGUCCACCGUCUCCAGUGGCUACGGCAGCGCCGGCGGUGUCGGCAGUGGCAUCGGCAGUGGUGUCGGCCUGGGUGGAGGCAGCGGCUACUCCUACAGCAGCGGUCACGGCGUUGGAGGUGGCUUCAGUUCCAGCAGUGGCAGAGGCCUGGGGGGUGGCCUCAGCUCCGUGGGAGGCAGCAGUUCCUCCAUCAAAUACACCACCACCUCCUCCAGCAGGAAGAGCUACAAGCACUGAAGUCCUGCUCCUGCCCCACCAGCCUCGGGCCCCUCUCUAGCUGCAGAGUCCCCUCCUCACAUGGCUUGUCCUCUCCUGGCCUCUGGUCUCUCCUGCUCGGUGACUUUGAGCUGAGGAUGGAUGUUGAGUGCCCACAUUUGUCCUCUCUGUGUAUGCCUGUCCCCCCCGAGCUUCCCCUGCUCACCAUCAGCAGGUCAGCCUCUGAGUUUACAUCAUGAUUGAUUUCAACAUUGCAACUUUACUUAGUAAAUUAUUGAUCUCUUGCCUCUCAAGUUCUAUCACUGAGGUUGAGCAUUAGAAGGAAAUUACCUCUGUCCCUUUCACUACAGAAGAUGCUGUCUGGGGCUUAUUCCAAAGUAGGGCAAGUGCCAUGUAAUUUUCACUGUCUCCACAUUCCCCACCUUAUAAGGAGUGUGAACCUCCCUUGUAGCAUCCAUGAAAACAUAAGCGACUAGUCCUAUGAUGUACAGAGUCUGUAUCCCUAUAAUGUUUUCUCUGCUUUUUGCUCCCUUCUAAUUGCUAAAUAAAGCAAGUUUAUAAUAUAA